AUGGUUGGUUUCUCUCUUACUUUUUGGGAGCAGAUAUUGGCCUGGGGUCUUCGAAACCUGAAGAGUUACCAGUUGGCCAGUGUGACUUCUCCCAGUCUUCUGGUGGAGUGUGGUGGGCAGAUGGUCCAGUCAACUGUGAUCAAGAACUUGAAGAAGAACCCCAACUUUGACAUCUCCGUCCUCUUCAUGGAAGUGCGUCUGCCAAGGGAAGACCUCUACUGUCCUCCCAUCAUCAUCAAAGUCAUUGACAACAGACCCUUUGGCCGCAAACCUGUGGUGGGCCAGUGCACCAUCCGAUCCCUGGAAACAUUCCUCUGUGACCCCUACAAAGAAGACGCGGUAUUUCCUGAAACCCACGCAGAUGACAUGAGCCUGACCCCAAAAGACGAUGUUCUGAUUGACAUUGAUGACAAAGAACCUCUCAUCUCGGUCCAGCUUGCGGAUGGCAUGACCAGCCCGGCUUUAAUUAACACGCAAACCGCUCGACCCCAUCUCCAUGAAGAAGAGUUCAUCGACUGGUGGAGCAAAUUCUACGCGUCCACGGGUGAGCGGGAGAAAUGUGGCACCUAUCUGGAGAAAGGCUUUGACACCCUCAAGAUCUACGAGACAGAGUUGGAGAACAUCGAAGACUUUGGAGGCCUUUCGGAUUUCUGCCACACCUUUAAGUUGUCCCGUGGCAAAGCUCAGGAUGACAGCGAGGAUCCCACCGUUGUUGGAGAAUUCAAGGGCUCGUUCAAGAUCUACCCUCUUCCUGAUGACCCCACGGUGCCCGUCCCUCCACGCCAGUUCCACCAGCUUCCAGCCCGAGGCCCCCAGGAGUGUCUCGUGAGGGUUUACAUCAUCCGGGCCUUUGAUCUGCAGCCGAAAGAUUCCAAUGGAAAAUGUGACCCUUACGUGAAGAUUUCUGUAGGGAAGAAGUCCAUCAAUGAUCAGGACAAUUACAUCGCCUGUACCCUGGAACCGGUCUUUGGAAAGAUGUUUGAGUUGACUUGCACGUUGCCCAUGGAGAAGGACUUGAAGAUCACCCUGUAUGACUAUGACCUCUUGUCCAAAGAUGAGAAGAUCGGGGAGACCAUCAUUGACCUAGAGAAUCGCUUCCUU